AUGAAAAAGGAAAAGAACAACAUUGAAAGUGAAAGAGCUGCAAUGACCAGAGAAAAACAGGACAUGAUGACUGAGCUGAGAAAGAAGUCUGAAGAUGUUGAGCUUCAGAUGAAUGAGAUAUUGACUGAAAAGGAAAUACUGGAAAAUGAUAGACAACUGCUGAAGAGAGACAUGGAAGAUCUGCAACAAAAACUAGUUAAUGUAGACAGAGAUUCAGAGAGUCUGAAACUUGAGAGAGAAGCUUUGGAGAACGAGAAGGAAGUAAUAAAACAGAUCAAAACUGACCUGCAACGAGAAACACAUGAGAUUGAGAAGAUCAAACUACAAACACAAGAUGAAAGACAAAAACUGGAGGAAAUGACAGCUCAACUCCAGAAAGAGAGAGAAGAAAUUGACAAUCUCAUUGAGGAGACAAAACGAAAAGGCAUUGUCUUUGAUGAAAUGAACACAGAAAUUGAAGUGAAAACUAAAGCCAUUCAAUCUGAUAGAGACAUGCUUGAGAAGGAAAAACAUGAUCUUGAGAAAAUCAAAAGGGAACUUGCUAAAGCCAAGGAGGAUCUUGAAAAAGAAAGAGAAAAGCAAGGAAUCAUUUUGGCAGGGAUACAGAAAGAGAGAGACAACCUAGAGGAGAUGAACGAGACCAUCACAAGACAGAUGCAUGAUAUUAAAAAUCAAGAGGAACAAAUGAGACAAAAACAGCAUGAACUCGAACAACUGAAAACUGAAAUUCAAAAUCAGAAACAGGAACUAGACAAUGACAGAAACAUUAUAAUAAAAGACAGAAGUCAGCUUGAUCUGAGACAAUCUGAGCUAGACAAACAACAGACAGAAGUGAAUGAUAUUAUUGAUAAAAUGAGGAAUGAGAGAAGCCAACUAGAUAAAGAUAAACAAGAGAUUGAAGAACAGAAACAGCAAAUGAAGAAAGAAAGAGAUGAUGUAGACCAAAGUAGAAAAGAUCUGACCGCAGACCUAAAGAUGGUGACACUUCAGAAACAAGUGUUUGAAGAUGAGAACAACAAGUUAGAACAGAUGAAGAUUGAGCUGCAAAGAGAAGCGGAUGAUAUCAAAAAGCUCAAAGAAGAAACACAAAAUGAGAGACAGAGUUUGGAAAAGAUGGCUGAAGAACUUCACAAAGAGAGAGAAGAUGUCGUUCAUCUUGCUGAAGAUACGAAGAAAAAUAAUAAAAUUAUGGAUGAAAUGAAAGCUGCAAGUGAGUCUUUAAUGGCAGAUCUACAAAGAGAGAAAAACAAUCUUGAGCAAAUGAGAUUGAACAUCUCCAAACAAACUGAUAAAAUUGAAAAUGAGAAAGAGAAAAUAAGACUGAGACAAGAUGAACUAGAGCAACUACAAGCAGAGAUUCAUGAACGACAAAAUGAAAUGAAAAAGGAAAAGAACAACAUUGAAAGUGAAAGAGCUGCAGUGAUCAGAGAAAAACAGGACAUGAUUACUGAGCUGAGAAAGAAGUCUGAAGAUGUUGAGCUUCAGAUGAAGGAGAUAUUGACUGAAAAGGAAAUACUGGAAAAUGAUAGACAACUGCUGAAGAGAGACAUGGAAGAUCUGCAACAAAAACUAGUUAAUGUAGACAGAGAUUCAGAGAGUCUGAAACUUGAGAGAGAAGCUUUGGAGAACGAGAAGGAAGUAAUAAAACAGAUCAAAACUGACCUGCAACGAGAAACACAUGAGAUUGAGAAGAUCAAACUACAAACACAAGAUGAAAGACAAAAGCUGGAGGAAAUGACAGCUCAACUCCAGAAAGAGAGAGAAGAAAUCAACAAUCUCAUUGAGGAGACAGAAAGAAAAGGCAUGGUCUUGAAUGAAAUGAACACAGAAAUUGAAGUGAAAACUAAAGCCAUUCAAUCUGAUAGAGACAUGCUUGAGAAAGAAAAACAUGAACUGGAGAAAACCAAACAUGAACUUGCUAAAAUCAAAGAAGAUCUUGAAAAGCAGUUUGCUGAGCAAGCAGAAAAGAAAGAAUUAAUUCUGGCAGAGACACAGAAAGAGAGAGACACCUUAAAGGAGAUGAAUGAGACCAUCACAAGACAAAUACAUGAUAUUAAAAAUCAAGAGGAACAAAUGAGACAAAAACAGCAUGAACUUGAGCAACGGCACACUGAAAUUCAGGAUCUGCAGAGAGAAAUAGACAAUGACAGAAACAUUAUAAUAAAAGACAGAAUUCAGCUUGACCUGAGACAAUCUGACCUAGACAAACAACAGACAGAAGUGAAUGAUAUUAUGGAAAAAAUGAGGAAUGAGAGAAGCCAACUAGAUGAAGAUAAAAAAGAGAUUGAAGAACAGAAACAGCAAAUAAAGAAAGAAAGAGAUGAUGUAGACCAAAGCAGAAAAGAUCUGACCGAAGACCUAAAGAUGGUGACACUUCAGAAACAAGUUUUUGAAGAUGAGAAGAACAAGUUAGAACAGAUGAAGAUUGAGCUGCAAAGAGAAGUGGAUGAUAUCAGAAAGCUAAAAGAAGAAACACAAAAUGAGAGACAGAGUCUGGAAAAGAUGGCCGAAAAACUUCACAAAGAGAAAGAAUAUAUUGCUAAUCUUGCUGGAGAUACAAAGAGGGAAUAUGAGAUUCUGGAUGAAAUUAAAGUUGGAAAUGAGUCUUUAAUGGCAGAUCUACAAAGAGAGAAAAACAAUCUUGAGCAAAUGAGACUGAACAUCUCCAAACAAAUUGAUGAUAUUGAAGAUAAGAAAGAGAAAAUGAAACUCAAAGAAGAUGAACUAGAUCAACUACAAGUAGAGGUUUAUAAACAACAAAGUGAAAUGAAAAAGGAAAAGAACAACAUUGAAAGUGAAAGAGCUGCAAUGACCAGAGAAAAACAGGACAUGAUGACUGAGCUGAGAAAGAAGUCUGAAGAUGUUGAGCUUCAGAUGAAUGAGGUAUUGACUGAAAAGGAAAUACUGGAAAAUGAUAGACAACUGCUGAAGAGAGACAUGGAAGAUCUGCAACAAAAACUAGUUAAUGUAGACAGAGAUUCAGAGAGUCUGAAACUUGAGAGAGAAGCUUUGGAGAACGAGAAGGAAGUAAUAAAACAGAUCAAAACUGACCUGCAACGAGAAACACAUGAGAUUGAGAAGAUCAAACUACAAACACAAGAUGAAAGACAAAAACUGGAGGAAAUGACAGCUCAACUCCAGAAAGAGAGAGAAGAAAUUGACAAUCUCAUUGAGGAGACAAAACGAAAAGGCAUUGUCUUUGAUGAAAUGAACACAGAAAUUGAAGUGAAAACUAAAGCCAUUCAAUCUGAUAGAGACAUGCUUGAGAAGGAAAACAUGAUCUUGAGAAAAUCAAAGGAACUUGCUAAAGCCAAGGAGGAUCUUGAAAAGAAAGAGAAAAGCAAGGAAUCAUUUUGGCAGGGAUACAGAAAGAGAGAGACAACCUAG